AUGGCGGAAGCUGAACUGACGCAGGACGUGGCCGAGGCCUUCAUGCAUUUUUACUAUGAUUCUCUAUUAACAGACCUGUUGAGAAUACAAUCUGUGGUUGACCAAAGCUGCAAGUUUGUCUACCGCACGUGCAAGCCCCACGGGAAGGAAUCCCAAUAUGAUUCUAAAAAAGAUCCCCAGGCCAUUAUGAAGGCACUCGAGGUCAUCUAUAAAGAUAUAGAUAAAGUAGACAUAUUGAUGUGGACCCCUGUUCUUUUGGAGGACAGUAUUACCCUUGUGGUGUCUGCUAAGUACCAGCAGAAAAAUAAGCAAGAGCCUUUGCUUACUAGUGAAGUGUUAGUCAUAGGAAGGAGCAAGCAAAAACAGAAGCGGGGAUUCUCCCUAUUAGCAAUCACUACGCACAUCAUAGAAUGA